AUUGUUGUACUAAUCUGAAGGCUACAUGAAGUUUGUAGGUUUUUAGCUAUUGACUCUGCAGACAAUUGGUGACUUCUGCGCACUGUGAGCUUCAGCAUGUGCUGACCCCGCUCUGUCAUUUUUACGUGGCCUACCACUUCAUGGCUGAGUUGCUGUUGUUCCCAGUUGCUUCCACUUUGUUAGAACACCACUAACAGCUGACCAUGGAAUAUUUAGUAGCAAGGAAAUUUCACGGAUGGAUUUAUUGUUUUACCAUCAACAAAGAAACACCCAAGAGAGCCACGGCAAAGUUUUUGCUCAGACAAAUGGACUCUGAUAAACUAAUGACUUUGCAAAGCAGUCUGCAU